AUGAUGCACCCAUCGCGUCAGGCUUAUGUCGAGGAGACGGAGGACACAGAUAUGGGCAUCAGCUAUGCCGACCUUCCUAUGGACCAAGACUACGAUAUGCCCUCUGCCCCAGGGGGUAUCCCAACCGAGCGAGCCUCCGCCAUUAUAUCGCAAUUCGAACGGAAACGGAGAGCAGCAGCCAUGGUGGUUCCAACAGAUGAUACACGAGUGCGCGCACGACUACGAGAGCUCGGGGAACCUAUUACGCUAUUCGGUGAAGGACCUGCAGAGCGACGCGAUCGUCUACGUGAACUGUUGACCGACAUGGCGGAGACACAAGGCGGAGUCGAGGUAGAGAUGGAAGAAGAAGGGGAGGAGGGAGAGGAACCACAAGAAGAAUUCUACACAGAUGGUGGGCCCGAUUUACUCGAGGCGCGGAAAGAUAUUGCGUGCUACUCCUUGCCGCGCGCAAAGGCUCGAAUCGCUCGGCUCAAGGACGAAUCAACUAUUACACUUCGAACGCAUGUCAAGCAUCGCAAAGCUGUCAAGGAGAAGCUACGAGGAUUCGAUCUUUACGGAUCUCAGAUUGCUGGUGAUCGUCCGGUUAGCAUUUGUCGAUUCGCGCCAGAUGGGCAGACACUCGCUGCUGGAAACUGGAGCGGCGAGAUCAAAUUGCUCGGUGUGCCCGAUUUGGAAGAAAAAGUGACUUUCAAGGGGCAUACAGAUCGAGUGGGUGGAUUGUCAUGGUUCCCCGGUGCCACCCUACCAAGCUCAAAUGUCUCACCCUCGACUGUGAAUUUGAUCUCCGGAGGCGGCGAAGGAGAUCUCAAUCUCUGGGCCCUUGAUCAAGAAAAGCCACUGGCUACGUUGUCUGGCCACACGGCCCGUGUAUGCCGUACCGAGUUCCACCCUUCAGGUCGAUAUGCAGCAUCGGCAUCCUUCGACAACUCAUGGCGGCUGUGGGAUAUCGAAAGGGCAACUGAGCUGCUCCUACAAGAAGGCCAUUCACGAGAGGUAUAUGCAGUGUCAUUCAACAGCGAUGGCUCUCUUGUGGCUACUGGUGGAUUCGACAGCAUCGGACGUAUCUGGGAUCUGCGGACAGGAAAAAACGUGAUGCUCCUCCAGGGCCACAUUCGUGAGAUCUACGCUAUGGACUGGGGUGUUGAUGGUUACCGGGUGCUCUCUGGUUCCGGUGAUGGCUGGGUCAAAUGCUGGGAUAUGCGGAACAAUAAGGAGCCGGGCGGCAUUGGUGCGCAUAAGAGCGUGAUCUCGGAUGUCCGCUGGUACAAGGGUGCAGAGGCUGCAUCAUUCUUGCCUUCUACAGAUGGUGGGAUGGACAUUGAUGCUCCAGCUGCCGAUAAACCAGCGGCCCCCUCGCCCAAGAAAUCGGGCACAUUUUUUGUGAGCAGUGGAUUCGAUAAGAGUGUCAACAUUUUCAGUGCGGAUGACUGGUCCCUCGUGAAGUCGCUGAGCGGCCACUCGGGUAACGUUCUGAGUACAGAUAUCAGUGAUGAUGCCAAGUGGAUUGCUAGCUGCGGUCACGAUCGCACAGUGAAACUUUGGGGGAUUGAGUGA